AUGUCCGACAUCGAUCACACGCAGCCGCAAGGCGCACACCUCAUGCCCCGGAUGCCGUCCUCGCCGCCCCUCGGCCCGAGCGACACAUACCAGGUGGACAGCGAUGAUUUCAUCACCGACGAGGAGAGCAUGCACCCGGAUGAAUACGAUCAGCUCGUGACAGAGGCCGACGCUGGGUACACCGAGGAGGAGACGCUGGAAUUCGUCGCGCAGCUCAAGGAGAUCGGCCUCGUAAAUUUCCUGAGGCAGUACCUCGAGCCGCUCGAUGAUGGCAGCCGGCGCUCGUUGCGCAAGCUCAUGCUUGCGAUCGGGGCUGUGCCCCCGAAACACCUCCGCGCACCGGGAACCCCGGACCUGAACCUGCUGCCGUUCACGAAGGUGGCGCUGGGUCGUAUCCUCCGGCAACGUUCAAAAUUGACGCAGUACAACUCCGUCGAGGACGCUCUUGAGCUUCUCAAGUCGUCAAAGAACAUCAUGAUCCUCUCUGGCGCCGGUAUCUCCACAUCAUGCGGCAUUCCCGACUUCCGUUCCGCCACGGGCUUGUAUGCUACGCUCCAGUCCGAGGGCAAGUAUGACCUCGACGACCCGCAGCAAAUGUUCGACAUCUCCUACUUCCGCGAGCACCCCGAGGUGUUCUACUCGUUCGCCAAGCAGAUCUACCCAUCAAAUUUCACGCCCUCGCCAUGCCACCUCUGGAUCAAGAGCGUCGAGGAUCGCGGGUGCCUGCUGCGCAACUACACGCAGAACAUUGAUACGCUCGAGCAGCUCGCCGGCGUCAAGAACGUGCUGAACUGCCACGGUUCCUUCUCGACAGCCUCCUGUCUCCGGUGUAAGCGCCGCCAGCCCGGCGACGCCAUUGAGGGUCACAUCAUGCGCCAGGAGAUUCCCUGGUGCGAGCCUUGCCGCGCCGAGCGCGCACUGGAAAUUGAGGCUAUCCGCGCGUACAAGUCCAAAAUCCAGAAGCGCAAGGGCAAGGACAGCGACAGCGACGACUCGAUCCCCGAGUGGUCCGGCGAGCCGGGCAUCAUCAAGCCGGACAUCACGUUCUUCGGACAGGCCCUCGAGGACGCUUUCGACGAAUCGCUGUACGAGGACAGGGAGAAGGUCGACCUGCUCGUCAUCAUCGGCACGUCGCUCAAGGUCGCACCUGUGUCCGAGGUCCUCAGCCAUAUUCCGCACAGUGUGCCGCAGAUCUUCAUCAACCUCACCCCCGUCACGCACGUGAACCCCGACAUCUCCCUCCUCGGCGACGCCGACAGUAUUGUGACGUACCUCUCCGACCGACUGGGAUGGCCGUCGCCCUCAAACGGAAAGCCGAUCAAGGUCGCCCCCUCAGACGGCGUCUGGGAGGACGGCUCGCGCGAGGCGAACAAGCAUAUCCACGUGUUCCGCUCAGCGGCGGACCCGCCCAUGUCCGAGGAGCAGCGCCUGAUGAUCGGCACGAACCCGCUCGACGACAUCGUGCCCGUCUCCCUGCAGAGUCCGAAGAAGAAGAAGGGCAAGGGCAAGUCUCGCGGUGGUUCCAAGGCCGGCAGCCGAGCCGGAAGUCGCGCCGGAAGCCGGGCAGGAAGCAAGACCGCCGGCUCGCGAGCGCCGAGCCGUCGGUCUAGCAGACGCGGCACGCCGGUCGAGACGCGCAGCAUGGCCUCGCGCGAGACGUCGCAGGAGAGCGACGAGCGGCCGCCGAAACGAUCUCGCCGCGGCUCCCUCAGCCAUUUGCACGAGGAGAUCAAGCCCGACUUUGACUCGGGCGCGAGCACCCCUGGCGCUGGAGGGGAGGACCACGCGAUCCAGGACGUCAGGAUCGAGAUCAAGGAGCGGCUCGAGGUCACCACCGGCACGGCGACGCCGGUGCAUCCCGAGGACCUGCCUGCUGUGCGUGUCUCGAGGCCGGAGGAGGACGUCAAGCGCGAGCACGAGCCCGUAGACGAGAAGGUCAAUGUCCACCCGCACAAGGCGCUGCCGCUUGCUGCGCUGUUGAACCCGGCUCCGAACUCGUGA